AUGCUUGACCCAUUUAGCCCCGACUCCAUGGGAAAAGACCUGGACCCCAAAGCCGACAAGCCACUAUGGCCACUUUCAUCGUACGGCCCUGCAAAGUAUCAGCCGACCGUCAUCGCGAGUUUUGAUGAGUCUCCAGAAGAACUACGUGCCAAGGCAGCCCUAGCAGCUAAAGCGGGCACAAUUUCAGAAUAUAUGAAGUAUGAAGCUGAGCGGAUUGCGGCUGCUGAACAAGCCUUUGGAAAUGCCAAGGCAAAUGUUCAACAAGUCUACGACCAAGCUGUUCACGGCGGUCAAAAUCAAGCUUCAGGCAGUACUACGGGGUUCGGGGGCUCCGCUUUCGGUACUGAGUCAAGCUCUGCGUUUGGAGGACCCGCAAAUCCAUCUGUUUUUGGAAAGCCGUCUGGUGCUUUCGGCUCUGGAAAUGCUUUGGGAAGCGGAACAUCGACUUUUGGCUCUGGCGCCACGACCUCGGCGUUUGGCCAGCCUUCUUUUGGGCAGACAUCCUUGGGGCAACCGGCACAAGGAAGCUCCGCCUUUGGGCAGCCUUCCCAAACAACGUCAGUGUUUGGGCAGCCGUCGCAACCAACUUCGGCGUUCAGUCAACCUGCGCAAGGUAACUCUGCAUUCGGUCAACCCGCGCAGAGCACGUCUGCCUUUGGACAGCCAGCACAAAGCGCAUCAGCCUUUGGACAAGCUGGCCAAGGCACGUCAGCUUUUGGACAACCAGCGCAGAAUCCCACCUCUGCGUUCGGACAGGCAACUUCAAAUUCACCAGCAUUUGGCCAAUCUACUCUUAUUAGACCUGCGACAGGAGCGUUUGGCUCUACGGGGUCCACCUCAGGAGGAUUCAGUGCCUUUGCAAAUCCGUCCUCCUCGACCAGCGCUGGUCCUGGUAGUGGAAGCGGGGGCGCGUUUUCCGCCUUUGCAGGCCAGCAGGCUUCUGCGUUUGGUUUGGCUGCGGCUGCAAACGCCCUGAGCACAACGAGUGGGUCUGUCUUUGGGCAGCCAUCGCUGGGAACCACGACACCAGCUAGCUCGCCUUCGGCAUUUGGAAGCACAGCCCCUACAGCACCUGCAUUCGGGUCAACGUCUGCUUUCGGUGCGCUCGCAAAUUCGGGCUCUGCGCCCACUUCGAGCACGACUGCUGCGCCAUCCGCAUUUGGCCAGCAGCCCUCUGCCUUCGGGUCGUCUGCAUCCGCGCCAGUGGCCUCCGCCUUCGGUUCACAACCCGCCGCAUCUGCGGUUAGUUCGCAGGGUGCGUUUGGCUCGACCAACAAUGCGGUGCAAUCAGCAUUUGGCACUCCGGCUUCCCAGCCGGCGACGUCCGUGUUUGGAUCGUCCACUCAACAGCCCGUGUCUGUAUUCGGCUCUGCAGCGUCGUCACAGCCUGCAUCCGCGUUUGGUUCGGUCCUUGCACAGGCAACGUCUGCGUUUGGAGCUGCUCCUGCUCAGUCACAACCCGCAUCACAAAUCCAAUCAGGCCCACCAGAUUUCGUCGCGGCGCGAGCGCGAAUAAGGUGCAAGCCUGGGGUCGACAAGUGCGCGUCGAUGAUUCCAGAUAAUUACAUGCAGCUGCUCCCGGCUGAAGUGUUGGAGGCGUUCAAGAGCGAACACUUUGAAUGGGGACUGAUCCCCGAGUUUGUGCCGCCAAAGGAGCUGCGAUGA